GCCCCCAGAGGUAAACCGGAAUCGAAAAAUGGCUACCUCUCCAAAUAGUACUCUGACUCCAAAAAAGAAGGAGGAGUCGUUUAUAGAUAAGUUAGGAGGAACUCUGGCCAGGAAGAAGAAAGCCAAAGAAGUGAGUGAGCUCCAGGAGGAGGGAAAACAUGCAAUUGAGUCUCCCACAAGUCCCACUGUCCCUGACAUUGGACCAGAGGGGUACACACUGGAUGAAAAUGAGGAGCGGUCAAUGAUAGAACCUCAAUCCAGAGAGGACCCCAAAGUUAAAGAACUGAUAAAGAUGUUGCUGGACUGGAUUAACGACGUUCUAGCUGAUGAUCGUAUCAUUGUGAAGGACAUCGAGGAGGAUUUGUUUGAUGGUCAGAUUCUUCAGAAGUUGAUUGAGAAGCUGGCGGGGUUAAGGGUCGAAGUUCCAGAGGUCACACAGUCUGAGCAGGGUCAGAAACAAAAACUACAGAUCAUCUUAACAGUCAUCAAUAGAAUUCUACAUCAGAGCCCGCCCUGGACCCAGAGUAAAUGGAGUGUAGAUAGUGUUCACUCAAAAAACCUGGUGGCCAUACUUCAUCUUCUGGUUGCCUUGGCGAGACAUUUCAGAGCACCAAUUAGAUUGCCAGAAAAUGUUUCUGUGAAUUUAGUUGUUGUCACUAAAAGAGAUGGAAUGUUACAGCCUCGUAGAGUUGCUGAGGACAUCACAACUGUUAAUGAAGAUAUAGGAGCUAGAUUUGAGAGAGAUGCCUUUGACACACUGUUUGAUCACGCUCCAGAUAAACUGAAUCUCGUCAAAAAGACUUUGGUGACUUUUGUGAACAAACAAUUAAUGAAAAUUAAUUUAGAGGUCACCGAUAUUGAAUCUCAGUUUCAUGAUGGCGUCCACCUGGUUCUGUUAACUGUGUUAUUUUUGUUUACAGUUUCACGAUGGCGUCCACCUGGUUCUCAUAACUGUUUUCACGACGGCGUCCACCUGGUCCUGUUAAUGGGGCUCCUUGAAGGGUACUUUGUUCCUCUGUACGACUUUCAUCUCACACCGGUUGACUUUGAUCAAAAG